UGCAUUUCUCUAUGCUUCCAUCUUCCUAGUAAGCUUGCAUAUACUUAGAAUGAUUUCUACUUGAAUAUGGAUGUUGAAGUUUAUUCUCUCUUGUAUUGCCAUCUUUUGACAAUUAGGGUUUGUGGGCUUACUCAUGGAUGACAUGAGUCUGUCAGUGGUAAACGGCCAGUCCCGAGUCCCGCCAGGCUUCCGUUUCCAUCCGACAGAGGAGGAACUCUUGCACUAUUACUUGAGGAAGAAGGUGGCGUAUGAGAAGAUCGACUUGGAUGUCAUCCGGGAUGUCGAUCUCAAUAAGCUCGAGCCUUGGGAUAUACAAGAGAAGUGCAAAAUCGGAUCUGCUCCACAGAAUGACUGGUACUUUUUCAGCCACAAAGACAAGAAGUACCCAACAGGCACAAGGACGAAUCGCGCAACGGCUGCCGGAUUCUGGAAAGCUACUGGCCGUGAUAAGGUCAUCUACAGCAGCUUCAAACGGAUUGGAAUGAGAAAGACUCUAGUUUUCUAUAAGGGGAGAGCACCUCACGGUCAAAAAUCAGAUUGGAUCAUGCACGAAUACAGACUUGAUGACCACUCUGAUACUAUGUCUAUAUCCAAUGCCUCUAGUUCAUCAGGAGAGAUGGGUCAGGAAGAAGGGUGGGUGGUUUGUCGUGUCUUUAAGAAGAAAAACCAUCACAAGACACUUGAUAGCCCAAACAACUCGUCGAUUACCAGCGAUACCCACACGAAGAUGCUCCAUUCCAGCAGGGAUGGGGCCUUGGACCAGAUACUUCAAUACAUGGGAAGAACAUGCAAACAGGAGCCUGAGCCAAACAUCAACAAGAACAACUUCAACAUCAACAACCACAGCAAGAACAACAACAGCACCAGAUAUCUAAGGCCGAUUGAGAUGGCUAUGGGUAAUGGGGUCCAUGAAAGAUUCAUGCAACUGCCACCACUCGAGAGUCCCACUCUCCCUGCACUCCCCAAUGAUUGCCCACGGUUCAAUUACAAUUGCAGCAGCCAAACAUUCUACACGCCAAUUGAUGUUCAUGAAAUCUCAGCAGCUGCUACUGCCGAUGGGGAAGCUUCUAUCACCAACCAAGGUCCUGUCAAUUCAAACCCAGUCUAUCAGGCCAAACCCGACUUCAGCGACUGGGCCACACUAGACCGACUCAUCGCAUCCCAUCUCAAUGGCCAAGUGGACACAUCCAAGCAACUUUGCUUCAACAAUCCAAACCUCACCUUUUGCUCCAUCUCAGAACAGGGCCUUCCAUCGCCAACCCACGUUCCCUCCUCAAACAGAUCAUUUGGUACCACUCAGGACUACAACAAUGACGAUGAUGAUGAUGCUGAUCUAUGGAGUUUCGCGAGAUCGUCAUCAUCAACAUCGGACCACGUAUGACACGUGUCAAAAGCAACCUUGUAAUGGCCAUGCCAUGAUUCUAUGAGGGUAGAAAAUGUCUGAUUAUUAUUGAUAUUGUAAUAUUAUCACAAAAAAAAAAAUGUAAGAUAUCAACAUCAAUAAUAGAAAUAUAAGCUGGGGUGGCACUAUCAAUGCAUUAUCUUAUCAUAA